AUGCCAGUUACUGAAAAGCAACAACAACAGCAGCAGCAGCAGCAUGUACAACGACUCCAGCUGCAGCUACAACAAUCUCAACAACAACAACAACUGCAAGCUCUCCAACAAUCUCAGCAACCACUGCAACAGCAACAGCAUAAUUCACACCCAGAAUCAGGCACCACAAUAUUAGCAGAACAAACUAAUGGACAUCAACAACAGCAACAACCGUCGUCAAGUCCCUAUCAAUCGUUAGAUGAAUUGAAACCUUCUCAACCACUAACAUCUUAUGAACCUAUUGUUUCCGCAUCUUCAUCGUUUCAUAGAAUAAAUACCCUACUUGUUACCCCCUCACCAGAUUUGGAUAUAUCUUCAGAAAGUGAAAUCCAUAACCGUCAAGCAAUCCAACAUGGAGAACAUGCUGUAAUGAUUGAUGGUAUUGCUACUACACUUGCUCCUCCAGCUCCUCCCAUUUCACCUACAGAUUCAACUGUUUGCUUUUCCGUUGGUGAUCAUCAACAGCAAAUACCACCUGCUGCUCCUCUUGUGUUGUCCACCGAUAGUAGUCCUCCAGAUCAACUUGUUCCCAUAUUUAAUAUUAAUGCUGAUCAUGAUAAUAGGAGUAACGUCAAUUCCGAUAUACAAGUACUACCAAUUACCAAUAAUGGAACAACAAACAAAAGUUAUACUAAUAGAAUUAUAAAUACGACUAAUAGAACUAAUACUAAUAAAAAUUAUAAUACUUGUCAUUCAAAAUAUUCAUAUGAUUAUUUUGAUCAAAUUUCGGAUUUUCAUUUAAUAAAUGGUAUAAAUCAUAUUCCUCAAUUUGAGAAUGCAUAUCUUCAUCCAAAUGCUCAAUUUAUAGGUGAACAACAAUCAGGUAAAUCACGGUUCCAUAUUAAAGUUGAAUUUAAAACUGUUGAUUUAAUAAAUUCGGCCAUAACCGGAUUUCUUCAAAUCUCGGGAUUAACUGAAGAGCAUUCAGAAAUUAUAACUUGCUUUAAGGGUGAAAUAAUUAAUAAUCCAUUAUAUAAAUAUAAAUGGAAAUCAAAUAAGAAUUCUUUUUAUGACCCACAAAUUAAGAAUUAUUCAUUUAUUACCGAAAAUAAAUAUUGGGGAUCAUUUCCCAAGAAUGAUUUCGAGCAUUGGAAGAAAUUAACCAAUUGUUCAGAUUUGGAUGAUGAACAACUCAAGCAACGUCUAAAUCGGAUCCAACAAGGACAAGAAGAUAAUCAAUUCAUAUAUAUGAGAUGGAAAGAAGAAUUCUUAUUACCUGAUUCAAGAGUUAAACAGAUUAGUGGGGCUUCAUUUGAAGGAUUUUAUUAUAUUGUUUUGAAUGUUGGUGGAUAUCCUAGUACCGAUAAUUCAAUGUCAAGGAAUGGUAGUUUGGAAUGUUUGAGAUUUUCUAAUAAUAUUGUCCCUGGGUCAAUUAGUGGAUUGUAUUAUCAUAAAUCUUCAGAAAAGUUCCAAUCUUUGUCAUUGAGAUAUGUUGCUGAUCAUGGGGUUUCCAAUAAUUUUGAGUUUGUUUAG